AUGGCACAUAAAGCUCAAGCUGUUUGGAAUAGCUUUAUAGCAACUGGAUUAGUACCAUUCAAUCCAGAUCGAUCAUCCAGCUUACAAACCCCUCAAAAUCCACGUCAAUUCAAGCGCCAAAUGACUACAAUUAAGAAGCGAAUAAGCCGGCAUACGAGAAGUUCAUCUGAGGCCAUUGAUGAAGUGUUUACACGGGCGUCAAAGGCUUAUGAGAUGAGUAUUAAUAAGCUUACAAUCGCACAGAAGGAACUCCAUGAUCUACGGGCUGCACAUGAGAAGGAGAAGCAAAAACGUCAAAGAUCCAAGCAGCAAGUAUCUCAUAAGCAAGGAAUUACCAGAGAGGAAGCUCAAGCACUCGUACAAGGUCAGAUUGAAGCAUCUCAAGCUGUUACUACUGCUCUAGCGAACCUGAACUCCCAGUCUCUCAUCCACCUGUACGACGUCAAUUUCGCUGCAGUGGUUGUAGCGUUGCAGGACAUAAAAUAA